GAGGCCGGUGGCACCGAGCAGCCGGACCCCUCCACCAUGACUCCCCAGGAACAACAGCAAUACUGGUACCAGCAGCACCUGCUUAGCCUGCAGCAAAGGGCAAAAGCCCAUGCUCAGGGGCAGCAGCAAAUGAAAGGUGCGGUAGUGAAGGAUGCAUCUGAGCAGAGAGCAAAGUCUGAAGAAGGGAAAAUGAGUGCUUCAGCUCAGCAGUCUGAACCUCCUCCACUUAAUGAAUCCCUGCCUCCACUCAAUAUUGAACCUCCUGAUGACCCUGAGGAAGAUUUGAGAUUGCAGCAGUUGCAAGCAGCAGCAGCUCAAUGGCAGCAGCAUCCCCAUCACCGGGUUGGAUUUCAGUAUCAGAGAAUAAUGCAGAAGCAUGCCCAGCUGCAGCAGAUUGUACAGCAGUAUCAACAGAUCAUGCAACAGCCUCCACACUUACAGACCAUGUCAGUGGAGAUGCAGCUGCGACAUUAUGAGGCACAGCAAAAACAGUUCCAGCAGCUUCAUAAAGAUUGGGAGCGAUCAAUGAACCAACAGUGGCAGCAUCAGCUUCAAACCUACCCUCACAAAGACCAGCUUCAAGAGUAUGAAAAACAGUGGAAAGCAUGGGAUGAACAGAUGAAAGUCACUCAGUCUCAUCUGCAGGAGAAAGUGAGCUCACUCCAAAAUCUGAAGAAUCAGUAUCCUGCUAAUGUUUCGCUGCCACCUCCAUUUGUUCCAUAUUCUCAAGCCACUCAAGGUGGCAUUCCUAUUAUGCCUCCAACUUUACCUUCAACUACACCUCCGCUGGUCCCCCCGCCUCUCUCUUCUGUUUCUCAGUUGUCUAAUUCCUCUGUCCCUUCAGGAUCCAGUUCUCAAAGCAGUCAAUCUACUGAGACGCCAAGGCCAGCUCUGCUUCCCACCCCUGGUACCUAUGCAUCAAAAAUAGCUAGUUCGACUGUCUAUUCACCUUAUCAUUCUCAAGUAAGUUCAUCCUUUGGCUCUUCAGACCACGGAAAGUCUCAAGUUCAUCUUAGUAAACAAACUGUCUCUAUCUCAUCUGAGCAAGGAUGUGGGGAACUGAAAGCCACUUCUGCAGUGUCUUCAACACAUGCACCUACUAUGCAGGAUAAACCAGUGAGGUCAGGUGGAUUGCUUCCAGAUCCUCCCAGAUCAGCACGUUUUGAAGGCCCCAGAGGCCCUAGAUUUGAUGGACCUCGAGGAAGAGGAUAUGACAAAUUUGAAGGCUCAAGACAGAGAGGGCCUCGUUUUGACUCCCAGCGCUCGGAAGGAUACAGGUCACGUUUUGACCGACAGAAUACAGAUGGACAGUCUUCAAGUAGGUGGGGGACUAUCCCACGAGGACCAGCAGCACAAUUUUAUACUUCGACAAAUGCAUCACAUGGACAUGGUUCCCGACCUAGUGGUCCAAGGUGGAGAGGGCCCAGGCCUCAUUUGGGGCAGCAGCAGCAGCAGCAGCAGCAGUCACAGACAGACUCACAGUCAGAAAACAAAGAACCUUUUACAGACGUAGCUGGCAAUCAGCAGACUGUAAGCAGAACACAGUCUACUCCUGAUGCACAGAGUGCAGGUCCCAUUGAGCCAAAUGAGGACCUGACAAACACUCAACAGGAACCAUCCAAACCUGAAGUCAAGGAAACUAUAUCAGACCCUCCUAAAAAGUGGACGUGGAGUUCACAUGAUCCUAACCAGCAAGUAGAAGAGUCCAAAGCACCUACUCCACCUAUUCAGAACCAGAAAUCAACAUCCCUUUCUAGUAACCCUGUAGCUUUGCAGUCAGGUAUUGCAAGAACAGGUGGUGCGGUAACCCCUGUAACAGGAAAUCAGGAUUUGGAUUCACCAGACGGACAGUUGGUUGCUUCAGAUAGCACCCAGGGCCUACCUGGGCCAGAAAGCAGAGGGAAAGGGCCGUUUAUGCAUGAAGAUAGAGGCAAGGGACCAGCAAGCAGAGGAAGGGGCCAGGGCAGACUGGAUGAUGGCCGUGGCAGAGGGCAGGGGGAUGGCCGUGGCUGGGGAAUGGGCCGUGGCCGAGGGAUGGGCAGGAUGGACGGUGGCCGAGGGAUGGGCAGGAUGGACGGUGGCCGGGGAAUGGGCAGGAUGGACGGUGGUUGGGGAAUGGGCAGGAUGGAUGACGGCCAUGGCCGGGGAAUGGGCAGGAUGGACGACGGCCGUGGCAGAGGAUAUGUAUACAGAGGCAGAGGGCAGGCUAGGCAGGCAUCCAUCCGUGGCAGGGGGAUGUUCAGGAGAGCAGGCAGCAGGGAGAGGAUGCCAGAUAGGCGGUCAGGAAGCAGGGAGAGGAUGCCAGAUGGACGGUCUGGCAGCCGAGAGAGGGGGCUGGGUGGACGGUCAGAUAGCCAUGAGAGGAGGGUCCCAGUCAGGCGGGCAGGUAGCCGCGAGAGAGGCCCGGUCAGGCGGGCAGGUAGCCGGGAGAGGGGUCCCAUCAGGAGGCCAGGUAGCCGGGAGAGGGAAGCAGGAAGAACUGAAACAGGCAAUAUAGAUAAACCUAUGCACCUAGGAGAUGACCCUGACCAAUUGCCUCCAUACCAUCGAGAUGAGACACUCAGGGGUUCUUGGGGUCAUGAAGAUGAUAGAAUGCAGGAGGAAUUCCCUUUGGAUAGUCAAGAUGACCCUUCUUUGGAGCAUGAGCGAUUGGAUGAAUGGGAAAGAGAACGAUACUGGAGAGAUCACAACUCUGAUUAUCAGGAUGAUUCUGUAGAUGUGUAUGACAGAGAUGACAGGUUGCAAUCCCACCACUCAUUGCCUCCAUUAUCUCCUCUACCACCACUACCUCCUUUAUCAUCUGAUCAUGACAGACGAGAUUCGUGGUGGGAUGACUGGAAAAGGCCAAGAGAGAGGGAACUAGAAAGAGAUCUAGAUAGGACUGGAAGAUCCUCAGAUAUUUAUGAUCAAGAUUUAGACAGAGAAUGGGAUAGAGACUGGGACAUGAGACCUAUGGAUGACAGAGAAAUGGGGAAUCGUGACCUGGAUAUCCCUCCUCUACCACCAUUACCACCUCUUCCACCUCUGGACAGAUACCGUGAAGAUAGGUGGAGGGAGGAUAGGAACAGAGAUCAUUAUGACAGAGAUCUCCGAGACAGAGGGGAGCUGAGGAUUCGAGAGUAUCCAGAGAGGUAUGACACAUGGCGGGAGAAGCAAGACUACCUUCCUGAAAGGACUGAUUGGGAGAGGGAACGGUUGUCGGACAGGUGGUAUCCAGAUGAUGGAGACAGACUGCGGUCUUUGGAUGAUCAUUCAGAUUCAUCCCUUCCUCCACCUUCACAUUCCUCUGAUAUGCUGGGAGCAGAUUCAAACCUGGACUCUGACCAGUCCUUGGGAGGAGUGAUGGUCCUUAGCCAAAGACAGCAUGAGAUAAUUCUGAAGGCUGCCCAGGAGCUCAAAAUGCUUCGAGAGCAAAAAGAGCAGCUACAGAAGUUGAAAGAGUUUAAACCUGACAUUUCCACACAGGACUCUCCGAGAUCACAGAAUACAAGCGCAAGGCCAGCUAUUAAACCUUCUCCUGCUGUUAUUAUAAAGCCUCCCGUGUUGUUCAGACAGCCCACCCCUGUGACAAGACCAAGUGCCCCACUGACAAGGCCUGCUACACCUAUGACAAGGCCACAUGCUCCAGUUUCUACUCCAACUACAACCCCAAGUCAUGGUCAGUCUUUAAAACCAUCACCUUCUACUAUGGAACAGGAACGCUGGGAUGAGGAUUCUUUCCACGGACUCUGGGACACAAAUGAGGAUAAAGGAGCAAAUAUGGAGUACGAGUUGUGUAAACAAGAAUCAAUGAUGCCUCCACCUGUCUCCUCACCUGUGAAAGGACCUGCUGUUCACACCUCUGUUCCAUCAGCUGUACCAGUGUCCCUUCCUCCAGUUAUCCCACCGGUUCCUAAAGCACCUGUAAUUCAGCAAACUGUGGAUUAUGGCCAUGGGCGAGAUAUAACCACCAGUAAAGUGGAGCAGAUUCCAUAUGGGGAGAGGGUUACCCUGCGUCCGGAACCUCUACCAGAGAGGCAAGCAUUUCAAAAAGAGCACCCCGCUCGUUACAACAGAGAAAGAGAUCGUGAGCCCUAUUUUGAGCGUCAAGGUAAUUCCAACACAGAUCAUCGGGAUUUCAAGAGAGAGCGGGAAUUGCACAGAGACCGUGGUUCUGUGGACUAUGAACGAGAGAGAUUUGAGAAAGAGCGGCAUCCCCGAGAUGAUAGGACUCAGUCUUACCGUGACAAGAAGGACCAUCCCUCCUCCAGGCGGGGUGGUUUUGAAAGACCACCGUAUGAACGGAAGACAGAUCGUCCAGCAUAUGAUCAUGGGCCUUCCAUGUUUGGAGGUGAUCGUAGAAAUUACCCUGAGGAAAGGAUUCCUAUUUCUGCUCCGUCAAUCCCCCGUCAGCCACCACCUGCUCCGCGAGUGGAAAGGAAGCCAGAAUCUAAAAAUGUAGAUGAUAUUUUGAAGCCACCAGGACGGGAUAGUAGGCCAGAGAGGAUUGUAAUCAUCAUGAGAGGGUUGCCUGGCAGUGGAAAGACACAUGUAGCAAAACUCAUCAGGGAUAAGGAAGUAGAGUGUGGAGGACCUGCACCAAGAGUGCUCAGCCUGGAUGACUACUUUAUCACUGAAGUGGAAAAAGAAGAGAGAGACCCAGACACAGGGAAAAAAGUGAAAAAGAAGGUGAUGGAGUAUGAAUAUGAAGCUGAUAUGGAAGAGACCUAUCGUACCAGCAUGUUUAAAACUUUCAAAAAGACCUUGGAUGAUGGCUUCUUCCCCUUCAUUAUCCUUGAUGCUAUCAAUGACAGAGUGCGACAUUUUGAACAGUUUUGGAGUGCUGCAAAAACCAAGGGUUUUGAGGUGUACUUAGCUGAAAUGAGUGCAGAUAACCAGACGUGUUCCAAGCGGAAUAUUCAUGGACGCAAGCUAAAGGAAAUCAGCAGGAUGGCUGAUCACUGGGAGGCAGCACCACGUCACAUGAUGCGCCUGGACAUUCGUUCUCUAUUGCAGGAUGCUGCUAUCGAAGAGGUGGAGAUGGAGGAUUUUGAUGCAAAUAUUGAAGACCAGAAAGAAGAAGUCAAGAAGGAUACAGCAGAGGAGGAAGAAAGUGAACUGGGUUACAUUCCGAAAAGCAAAUGGGAGAUGGACACUUCUGAGGCAAAGCUAGACAAGCUGGAUGGUUUGCGGACUGGCACUAAAAGGAAACGUGACUGGGAAGCAAUUGCCAGCAGAAUGGAAGAUUAUCUACAGCUUCCAGAUGACUAUGAUACACGUGCUUCUGAACCGGGAAAGAAAAGGGUGCGGUGGGCAGAUCUAGAAGAAAAAAAAGAUGCAGACAGGAAAAGGGCCAUUGGUUUUGUUGUUGGGCAAACAGAUUGGGAGAAGAUAACAGAUGAAAGUGGUCAUCUUGCUGAGAGAGCCCUCAACCGCACCAAGUAUAUAUGAAAAAGUGGUUGAAUGGAAUUUUGUGCCUUUAAGGCCAUUUGCUCUGAGGAGAAGUGAACCAAGGUGUCAUGAGCAUCUUGCAUGGGUCAUGUCACUCCCACCUUCACAGUUUUUCUUUGUUACUUUAGUUUCAGCAGUUUUCUUGAGAUAUUGGCAGAUAACCAGUGCCCUCAAAAAACCCGACGAAUCCUGCUGCUCCUAAGUGAGAGAGACAGUUUACUUUUUAAUAUUUUUGGAGGGGAGGGAGGGGGAGGGCCAGUAGUUUUAGCUGCUGUUUGUGGGAUAAAGUGGAAGGAUUAGACAGAUGUUACCUCCACUGUACUGUCACAGAAUGUUUAUCACCUUUGCUUUGUGGCUGUUCUCGUUUUAUACUGUAUGUACCUUGUAGCUUAUUGUAUUAGGAAGCAGAACAAUAAAUUUCACUAUAAACUCGG